AUGGCCGCGAACGGAAUUCCCUCGCCCUUCGUGACGCUCGUCUCGGCCGACGGCUUCGAGUUCCACGUCCGGCGCUCCGCAGCCUGCGUGUCUCCCACCCUCCGCCGCAUGCUUGAUCCACAGAACAAUUUCGCCGAAGCCCAGUCCGGAGUCUGCCACCUCGAGAAUAUCAGCGGGAUUGUGCUCGAGAAGGUGGUUGAGUACUUCUACUACAGCGAGAAAUAUCGGAACAGCGAGGGCGUGCCAGACAUGGAUAUCCCGUCGGAGUUGUGCCUUGAACUGCUUAUGGCAGCGGACUUUUUGUUGACAUGA